AAUAUAAACAAACAAUUAAAAAAUAAGUUAAUUAAAAAAAAAGAAUAUUUCACAUCAACUGAUGAUAAUGUAUUGGAGUGCAAUACAUGUGGAAUAUGUAUGUGGAAGGGGCAAGUUAUACAAAAAUAGCGUCAAAUCUUUAACAAUCAAACUGCAUCCCACUGUGGGAUAUGAAACUCCCCAACGUGGGAAUGUACAUUUCCGACAAUGGUGCAAAAAUGCAAAAACUAUUCUAUUAUUUUGGAAACAACUUGAAUUGCCUUUCAUUACACUUAGAAAGCUAGGCAUUUUGAAACAUUUUUAACACAAAGUUAAAGUUUUGUUUACACAAAAAAAUGCGAUACAGAAUAUAAACAUGAAACAAUGUUCAAUUCAAUCCAUAUGUAUUAAGUCAACAGGAGCAAAUCUUUUCAACCAAAAUCAUUGCCAUGUAGUACUUUUCUUAGUUUCUUUAAAUUGUGGUUAAAACUUAAACUUUUGUCUGCUAAACAUGCAUCAGGGCUGUACAAAUAUGUCAACACCUAAUAGCCGCGUCCCUCGUUAUUUACGAAUUCACGCGAAAAUCAGAAGAUCUUCCGCAAAUCGACUCCUCCCAAAUGCUAUUUGCGUAAUUGCGCAACCUGUGCCAGGCGCAAUUACGCACAGAAAAGGGAGAGUCGAUUUCACGGACUGUCAAUCUGUCUGUGAGCAAAGACUCUUCAUUGUUCAACACACAGCUGGGUGGUCUUUUUCAGACCGCUGUUGGUGAAGCUCACAUGGAAUCGAUUCUCGCCUUGUUUCUUCACUGGGCGGAUUUUUAAGGUAUGAUUCCUUCAUUUUGUCUUUGGCGUUGUGUAGUGCGCAACUUGCUGAAAUAACUCUGAUUUGUUUCUUUUUUUUUAAACCAGGAAAACAUAAUAAAAAUUAAUCUUCCGCAGCGUCAGUCAACAACAGGCUCAAGGUAAACACUUGAAAGAUCUGAACAUUGUCUCUGCAUGCAAUAAAGGAUUAUUUUAUGCUUACAUUUUUUAAAAUAAUUACUUUGUAAAUUGUUUAUUGGUCAUGUUGAUCAUAUUAGAGCCAAAUGUUUUGUUUACUAUGAUAAUAGUAAUAUUAAAUAUCAUGUCUAUAUGUCUUUCGUCAUAAAAUAUAAAAUUAUGUCUUCCAAGGAAAAACGCGGAAAAACUAAUUUUAUUGCAAAAUAAUAAGGCAUAUAGGAAACAUUCUGAUUUUUAUGCAUUUUUCUCAACUUCUUCAUUGAAGACUUUUUUCUUUAAGAAAAACACAUCACCUCUUCUGAAUUAAAGUUAACAUUUGAACUUUCCUCCAAUAAAGUAGUGAGUUAUUAAUUUUAAAAUUCUGUUUUAAACUAAGUAUUAUCACUGGGAUUGUGAUCUCAUGAAUUCAGGAUUAUUCUGUUUUUUUCAAAAACACAUCCUAGAAAUGAGAUAAAGAUGUUUUUACCUCAAUCUCAUAAUUUUUUAUAAUUGAUUUAUCUGUUUUGAAUGGAAAUAUUUACAAAAAUAGUCAGAAACACAAGCAGUUUGCGGUGUAAAAGUCAGUAUUCUGAAAAACAAAAACAAGACUCCCGUGAUUCAGAUGUCAAAAGGUCAGAGUUUUAGUAAUUUAGUAAUAGUAAUAUUGAUUUUCUGGCUCUAAUGUCACAAUCCCGACACCAAAGUCUUGUCCACUGAGACUGAACCUCACCCUCUGAUCAUGUCUGCAGGGACAAUGCCGUGUGUCCACACCCAGUGCGGCUCCUCUCCUCCAGGAGCCAGCCCCGCUUCCCAGAGCGCUGAAGCAGAGCGCGGCUGCGGCUUCCUCACUCCAGAAUUUGUCAAGUUCAGCAUGGAUCUUACCAACAGCGAAAUCUCUGCUGCGUCGUCCGGCUCAACUUUCGGAACUCCUACGGACUCCUGCACCCCUGGCUACGACUUAAAGCCUCCCUGCCCCUUCCAGACCACGGUCCAGGGGGAUCUCCCGUGCGUAAAGGUGGAGGAUGCGCACGGGUGUCUGCGGUACCAAUCGAAUCAUCUUCCUCCGCACCAUUCCGAAGAUCUCUCCUCUUCCUCCUCUCCGAGCUCCGUCUACUACUAUCGCCCCUCUUCGCCGUCCAACUUCCAAACGCCAGGUGCGCACAUCUGGGAUGAUUCCAGCUCCCUUUACAGUUUUCGACAGGACUAUUUGGCGGCGGCGCAGAGGAAAAAUGCACUGUGCAGGUUUUCGCUGUUGUCCCUCAAACACGCACAAGAGCGCAGCGUGACCUUUGACGGAUCUCUCCAUGUGUCCAUGAACCUGGACACCUCUGCUGGUACACACGGGCAUAUGGACAGUUCUGGUGGAGUUCUAGGGACACAGCUCGCGACGGGUUUCCCUCAGCCACUGCACUUCGCCCACGGUCACCCGUUCGUGGAGUACCAGACCUGUGGCGGCCAUCGAGGAGGAGCAGGAGGUGCGCUGAGCGCGGAGAGGUUGUGCGCAGUGUGCGGGGAUAACGCAGCCUGUCAGCAUUACGGCGUCCGCACGUGCGAGGGCUGCAAGGGCUUCUUCAAGCGCACAGUGCAAAAGAAUGCCAAGUACGUGUGUUUGGCUGCCAAAAGUUGCCCUGUGGACAAACGCAGAAGGAACCGUUGCCAAUACUGUCGCUUCCAGAAGUGUCUGGCAGUGGGAAUGGUCAAAGAAGUGGUGAGGACAGACAGCCUAAAAGGUAGAAGAGGUCGCCUUCCAUCUAAACCCAGAAUCCUUCCAGACUCAUCUUCAUCCAUCAACACCCUCCUGAGUGCCCUUGUUAGGGCGCAUGUAGAGUCAAACCCUCAACCGUCUCACCUUGACUACUCUAAAUUCCAGGUAAAACCUGGAAGUCCUUUGGGAGAUGAUGCACAGCACGUCAGGAAGUUUUAUGAUCUUCUGACGAGCUCGAUGGAGGUGAUUCGUGGUUGGGCACAGAAGAUCCCUGGCUUCACCUCCCUGCCUAAACACGACCAGGACCUCCUCUUCUACUCAGCCUUUCUGGAGCUUUUUGUUUUACGGCUCUCGUACAGAUCCAACCCUAAUGAGGGGAAACUAAUCUUCUGUGAUGGCUCGGUGUGGCACAGACUCCAGUGCACAAGAGGCUUCGGGGAGUGGAUUGACAGCAUUGUUGAAUUUUCCGCCAAACUGCAAAAGAUGAACAUGGACAUCUCCACCUUUUCCUGCAUAUGUGCCCUCGCCUUGGUGACCGAGCGACACGGUCUUAAGGAGCUGAAGAAAGUGAAGGAGCUGCAGGACAACAUUGUCAGUUGUUUGAAGGACAGCGGGACGUGUGGAGACAGCAGGUCAGACUGUUGGUCUGACCAUUUGUCCAGACCUUUGAAGAAGCUGCCCGAACUGCGCACUCUGUGCAUCCAAGGCCUGCAGAGGAUUUUCUACCUGAAGCUGGAGGAUCUGGUGCCUCCACCUGUAGUAAUAGAUAAGUUAUUCCUUGACACACUGCCGUUUUAGAGGUGACAAAGAAGAGACAACACUCAUGGCAGCUUUGGGUUACUUUAUUUCAUUCCUCAAAAAUUAAAUUAUGUUAAAAUCCAACAGCAGCAAGGAUUUGCUUGACGAAUAAGUGUGUUUCCACUGAACUCGUGUUCCCAAUUCUAAGUCCACAAGUCAAAAUGUGACACAUUUUGUUAAAGGAAUGAGAUAAUCACCACAAUCAUGAUUACGGUAUGGUCCAUACUUCUGUAGAUAGAUUAUUUAGAUAAGUUCCUCAUUAGUUGUAGAUACUUUCUUAAGAGAGAUGAGGAGAGAAUCACUUUAAGUUUGCUACUUCACACGGUGUUGCCACCGUGAAAAUCUGCACCGAGAGUUUUUAAUACAGGAUGCCCUUCUUGGAGCAACACAGCCUGGGAUUGGCGGACUAGGUGGAACCCGGAGCUUUCUGCUGCACUGAUAUUAUAUUUUCUCAUUAAAAUGAGAUAGUGUUUAACUAUUUUUAGAUAUUGUAUCUUAUGAUAUGAUGUUACAUCUUAUUACGAGCUAAUGUCCUGUCACCCUGAGUGUCUUAUAACCAUGAAAGACCAUAAA